AUGACUGACAAGAACGACGAGACCGGAUCACGUGGAUCCCAGCAUGACUCGUGUUUUCUACACAAUCUUAGCACUAACUUGAAAUCGACUGGAACAACGCUUUCCGUCUCUGAAUACCAAGAUUGCCAAAGAAACCAAUCGCCAUUUCAAGACUUGAAAGCUGCUUGGUCUAUUCUCCUUUCCAAGUAUGUCAACACCUCUACGGUACUAUUCGGAGCAAUCUCGGAUAGCGGCACCUUGGAGGAAUGGAGGGCAUCGGUAAACGAAGUGGCGCAUAUUCCGCAGGCUAUCUCCCUAUAUAAAGUACGUGAUCGGGAAAAUGGAGAGCUGUGCUCUGAAUGUUGCUUCAACACGUACCUCCUUGAGAGUAUUGGACUCAAGGCCAUCGAAAGAUUGGCUCAAGUAAAGAAACAUGUCGAUCUUACUAUCGGGAUAGACUAUUCGAAGUCCCGCUUCCGAAUGUGCAUAUACAGUCAAGAAUCAUUUCUGGAUCAAGAUCACGCAGAACUGUUGAACUCAGCUUUGAUUCACACGUUGAAAAGCCUGCAGUCUACACUUCAGCUAAAGUCCAUAGACCUGAUUAGUGACUCGCAUCGACGCCAGCUCUAUAGAUGGAACAGAGCGGCGCCGACAGGACCACUGGGUGACAAGAUUCAUCAUUGCAUUGAGCGACAGUGUCUCAGGCGGCCCGAAACUGAAGCCGUUUGUGCCUGGGAUGGGUCAUUCUCCUAUGGGGAAUUGGAUAUAUUAUCGUCGGAGGUUCGUGAUAUUUUAUAUGCCAGAAAUGUGCUGCCUGGAGUGAUAAUUCCAUUACUUUUUGAGAAGUCAAAGUGGACAGUGGUGGCAAUGCUGGGUGUGCUCAAAGCUGCUGCUGCUUUUGUCGCCAUUGACCCAUCAUUUCCCCAAGCUCGGGUGCAAGCCAUUUGUCAUGAGGUAAAGGCCCCGGUUAUCCUGUGUUCCUCCAAGCAGGAACUUUCGAUACCAAACCUGAACCAUAAAACCAUCACCGUUCCCGUCACUAGCCCCGGCAUCCUUUCAUCUCAAACCCAGGAGAAACAUUCGUCGGCAUCUGAUCCCAACCAGCCGGCUUACAUCGCAUACACCUCAGGUUCUACUGGGAUCCCCAAGGGCAUUAUCAUCAGCCAUGGAAACUUCUGUACUAACAUGGCUCUUAGCAGUCCUCUGCAGAGCCUUAGCUGCUCCUCCCGCGUCUUGCAAUUUGCAUCAUAUGCAUUCGAUGUCAGCAUCCAUGAAACGUUGACUCCCCUGAUGUUAGGGGGCUCUGUGUGUAUUCCUUCGGAAUCUCAACGAGUAGACAACCUUCAGCAAGCAAUCCUGGAUCUUCGGGUAAACUGGAUAGAGUUGGUGCCUUCCGUGGCACGACUCCUUGAUUUCAGCGCUAUACCUGAAGUUCAGACCCUCGUCGUCGGAGGGGAAGCUAUGCGUCCGUCAGAUAUUUCCCGAUGGGCAGGUCAACUACACCUGACCCAGGCGUACGGCCCGGCAGAAUGUACCAUAGUCUCCACAAUUCAAUCAGGGCUCAGCCGGGUUAGUGAUCCUCGUAACAUUGGGUACAGUGCUGCGGGAUCAUCCUGGAUUGUUGAGCCCGAAAACCAUUCGAAACUUGUACCCAUUGGAGCAGUGGGAGAGCUCGUCAUCGGUGGCCCGAUAGUUGGUGGGGGAUAUUUGGACCAACCAGAGCAAACAGCACAAUCAUUCAUUUCUGACGUUCCAUGGUCAAAGAGGCCCGGAAUCUACUACAAAACUGGCGAUUUGGCACGGCAAAACUCCGAUGGCAGCAUUGUUUACAUGGGAAGAAAGGAUACGCAAGUCAAGAUUCGCGGCCAACGAGUCGAGCUUGGGGAGAUCGAGCAUCUAGCUCAGGAGUUAUGGUCUAACAUCACGCCAGUUGCUGAGGUUGUCACAAAAGGGGACCGUGAUCCCAUUUUGGUACUGUUCAUUGCACCGAUCGCCUCGGAUUCGAACAAAGCAUCGGAUAAUGAGGAUAUACUCAUGAAACCCGAUACACAAUUUUGGAAGAGGGCACGAAACAUACAGUCCACCCUUCGUGAGGUACUUCCUAGAUAUAUGAUUCCAGAUGUCUUUGUUCCAAUCCAAAGGUUACCAUUGAUGCCCUCUGGGAAGGUCGAUCGAAAGUUGCUGCGCAACACUGUGUCCCGCUUAUCUGACAGAAAUCUACAAUCAUUCCGGAGUAUGAUGCAUCCCAAUGAAAGCCCUGUCGAAUCAUCUGAGAUUCUCCAUGCCUGUAUUGCCCAAAUGUUCUCAGAUGUAUUGAGGCUACCUCAAGACCAAGUCGGAGUCAGCGCGAAUUUCUUUCAUCUUGGUGGGGAUUCAGCUCUCGCCAUUGUUUUGGUGAAUGAAGCACGUCUUAGGCACAGUAUCAACAUCACCGUUACAUCUAUUUUCGAAAACCCCACCGUCGCCGCGUUAGCUCAAAGCAUCAAGACAAGCCCGAUGGAGCCCGUAUCCUGUCAGCAAAUAAUUCCAUUCUCAUUGAUGGAUGGCGAAGGGGAAUAUCUUCGCGGUCUUGCUGCAAGCCAAUGUGGCGUCAUUCCGGAAGACAUUGAAGACAUCUAUCCUUGUACGCCCCUCCAGGAGCGUCUUAUGGCCUGGACAGCAAGCAAGCCUGGAGCUUUUCGAGCGAAUUUCGAUCUCAGUCUUCCGCCAAGUAUCGACUGGCGAAAGUUAAACAAUGCGUUACGCACGGUCAUUCAAGCUUAUCCAAUUUUGAGGACAAGAAUAGUCCUGAUUUCUGAAUCUCUUCGACUCUCCCGCGGGCUUCAAGUUGUCGUCCGGGAAGACAUAGCAUGGAAUGAUGCGACAACCUGCCAAAAUGAAGAAAAUACCAUGUCCCCAGGAACACCACUCUUUUAUUGUUAUACUGUGCAUGAGGCUGGUUCUAGACUGAAGCUGACUCUGCAUCAUGCGCUCUUUGAUUCGUGGUCCUACAGUCAUAUCAUAGAUGCCGUGGAAACUGCAUACAACGGGACGCAGAUUGUGACGUCUCCAUUUGUCCCUUUCAUUAAACAUCUUUUAGACUUGGAUGAUAUUGCCGCAAAAUCAUUUUGGACAGGUGAGUUCGACGAUUUGGCAGCAGUUCCUUUUCCAGCCAAGGUGGCCCCGGGUCAUAUUCCCCAAAACGUCGCGAGGUGUGUCCAUAGCUUUUGUCUUCAAAGGUGCAACGAAAAUGAAAUUACUCUGUCGACUGCAUGUCGCCUUGCAUGGGCCCUCGUAGUGGCCUGUCAUACAGGAUCAUUGGAUGUCGUCUAUGGGGUGACCGUCACGGGCCGCAACAGCUCCGAGACUGCUAGCAUUGUCGGGCCUACCAUCACCACGUUCCCCCUUCGCGUCCUUCUACAUAGCGACGAGAAGAUAUAUGACGCAUUGAAGAAUCUACAGAAGCAUGCCUUAAAUAUGAUGCCUUACGAGCAUUUUGGGGUUCAUCGGAUGCGACAAUGCAGUUCUGAAGCCGUCAGGGCUAGCCAGUUCCAGAGCUUGCUUGUUGUCCAGCCAGCAAGGCCACCUUUGCCCAACGAACGUUCUCAUAGCCUAUUGAAACUGAUGGAAGUAGACACAUUAGAACAACAGACUGAUACUAACUUUGCGACCCAAGUUCUUACGAUUAUAUGCGAAUACGCAGAGGACACUAUGAAAUUGAGGGGCGUGUUUGAUCCUAAAUUGGUCCCUACUGAAAAAGUCAAAGAAUACCUGCAUCAGAUGAGCGACUUUUUGACCUUGAUUCUUAGUUCGUCAUCAGAUACUGUGGGUGAUGUGCUGCGAAACACCACCGAAUACAUCGGCCCCGAAGUGAACGAAAAACGCCAGGUACUGAAUGAAGUAGAACGAGCGGCUCAAACGCUUCUGGGACAAGAAACCCCGCUAAAAACAGAAUGGGUUAUUCCCAUCGAUACGAAUACACCAAAGCUAGUCUUGUUUGUCGGGUGUAAAGACGGCUCGUGUGUUAACCAUUCAUGUGUCUUCAAGUUCCCGGACAUUGAUACUAGGGCCCGCUUGCAUAAGGCUAUGACACAGCUUCAAACCACUCUUUCAGAUGCAAUGGCGCCCAUUAUUUGCCUUCCAGUACCUGUAUUCCAUGAGUCCGUUGGACUUCCCAGCAAAGCUGAUUUGAAAAAGGAGGCAUCGAAACUGCCGUUGAGAAUUCUGCAAUCAUACAUGUGUCCUCAGGAAGCCAAUGUUAUCACGGCGAACUCCACGACCGACAUACUGUCAAGGUUACGCCGCAUAAUGGGUGUUAUCUUGCAUAUCGACAUAGAUGAUGUUGGUCUCCACGAUAGCUUCUUCACCCUAGGCGGUGAUUCAAUUUUAGCAAUGCAAGUCGUUGCGCAGUGCCGUGACGAGAAUAUAUAUAUCACUGCUCACGAUAUUUUUGAUGCCAAGACGAUACACCGUAUUGCCUUAAGAGCGUCUCCGUCGUCGGAAAACAAUUUUGCAGCCAUUCAGGAUAUAUCGUUGCUUCCUGAUAGAUAUCAGGAUAUUGCAGCAUUUGAAACCAAUAUGAAACAGUUGGAUAAGCUACCGAGAUCUGCCAAGGUAGAGGACGUGUACCCUUGCACUGAUCCUCACAUGGGACUGCUCCGGAAGAUGAGCUCCUCCUUUCAUCUAUCUUACACGAUCUGGGAAGUUACUGUUAACGAUGUAUCGACUGACAUUGAACGCUUGCUUUUCGCUUGGAAUUCAGUUUCUAAGCGCCAUGCUGCGCUGCGAACAAUCUUGAUGGAAGGUUUUGGUUCAGAACACCAUGUUGUGCUGGGGAAUUGCCCCACAGAAGCUAAGGUCUUGCGGCAACUAAGUUCCAAUGAUCUCAGUACCGCUCUACGCGAAUCACACCUAGACAUUCAGCAGAGCCAAGUUACACCCUACAGGCUCACGAUCUACCAGUCUGAUGCCGGUCAGGUUCUGUGCAAACUUGAAGGCAGCCACGCGUUUCUUGAUGCAAGCUCAGUGCUGAUCCUUCUCCGUGAGCUAUCUAUGGCAUAUCGUGGAUUACCUUUUCCCGCCCCAGCACCGUCAUACCGCUCAUGGGUGACAUAUCUGGAUAGUUGGAGAAGAAAUAGUCAACAUCUCGAUUAUUGGCGACAGAGGCUCAGCGGGAUAUCGCAAUGCCAUUUCCCGUCAAAAUCCACAGAUUGCCUUUGCCGAGAUAACUGCACUACUUCUCAGCUCCAGUACGUAGUUAACCCACUCGUUGACACCAAUACUCUGCAACGCUUCUGCAGCAAGUACGAAGUGACGAUAACAAACGUUCUCCAACUAUCAUGGGCACUGGUAUUGCAAGAAUACUGUCAAUCGAGCGAUGUCUGUUUUGGAACGACGAUCUCUGGACGCGAUGCACCGAUUGAUGGAGUUCAAGAAAUGGUCGGCUCGAUCUUCAAUGUUCUUCCAUGUCGAUUUCUUCUGGACGCAGAGUCCUCUUUCUUAGAGACAUUAGAGUGGAGCCAGAAAAGCACUCUCGAGGACAAAUCGCAUCAAUUUUGCUCACUUGUGGACCUCGAGGGUUUUUUGCUACCAGGAAACCAGGAUCAACCACUGUUCAAUACAUGUCUGUCAGUGGAGAGCGCACUGUCCAAUGAUACGGGAGGGCUUUCCUUUCGACCGAUAGAGACGCAUGAAGAGACACAUAAUGAUAUUCUUGUUGUUGUGACCGCCCAACCUGGCAAGACUGAAACUCAACUUAUGUACUGGUCACAUCUGAUGGACGAAAAGCAAGCCGUGGAAGUAACUGAGGCGCUUCGAAAAUGUUUAAUAGGGGUUUUGGAAAACCCUCAUCUGAAGUGAUCCAACCGUUCGACGCCGCGCAAUACCAUUCGCUCAUCCAGUAGCUGAGCAUAGUUAUUCAGUAUGGAGGACGAACUCUUCUA